UACCAACCUUCACUAUUAACAGAGUUCAUAUAUUAAUUAUACUGAGAAAUUUUUGUUUUUUGUUAUAGUACUUCUAAGUAAAUGAGUUAUUUCACUCUUCUUUUAUGUAAAAUAUGUAGAGGACACUAGCAGUAAUUAACUUUUUUGUUUUUUGAAAAAUUGUAUGUUAUUAAUGACCCUGUAACCAAUAAAAAACAUUAACCUACAAGGAAUUUAGUAUAUAAUAGUUCAGGAAAAUGUGUCUUAAAGGCUAGGGGUUUCCCAUUGGUAAUUCUAGGGUUAACAGAAUAAUUUCCAGAUUUCAAAAUUUUAAUGAAAUAUAGGAUCAUAAUGAGUAAUAUUUUUAAUGCUAUAGUAUCAUGUCAAAGUGAGAUGUACAACUGGUUAUCAGUAGCUGCUUUUCAUUGACUGUCACUAUGCCACGAGCACAGCAGAGAAAGAAAAAGACUCCAAAGAAAAGAGAAACGCUUAUACCCGCUGAAACACCAAGUUCAAGCCAGAAAAGUAGACCAACUAAUACCUCCCUUACAAGAAGCAGACAUUUGUCUGAACAGUCUGGGCCUGUUUCAAAUGGUUCUCCAAGAGAUGAUCAAACUCCACCAACCAGAAAACGUCGUUAUCGACCUGGAACUCGAGCCUUACUUGAAAUCCGUAAAUUUCAAAAAUCUACAAAUCUUUUACUGAGGAAGUUACCCUUUUCCCGAGUAGUAAGAGAAAUCUGUCAAGAGUUGAGUAGUCUCCAGUAUCGAUGGGAGGCUACUGCCAUACUCUGUUUACAGGAAGCUGCAGAAGCAUAUUUAGUUCAUCUCUUUGAAGAUGCUUACCUUUGCUCAAUUCAUGCACGAAGGGUUACUCUUCAACCCAAGGAUAUUCAUCUUGCACGUCGCAUUAGAGGAAGUGUAAACAGCUUUGAAAUCUUUUAAACUUAGUAAUAGAUUUUUAACUUGCUUUUAUCUUUUUUUCUAUGUAACUUGCAUUUUUGUUUUUUAACUUCUGUUCAUCUGUGUCCUGUUGUGUCGGUUUAUUGUCACAUAAGUGCCUUAAGUGAAUAUUGUUAUUGUAAUUCUCAAUCUGUUUAAUAAAUAUUGAAUUUAAAAAUUAUAGAGGUAAAAUGUUUUAAUAUUUUCUAAAAUAAUGUUUAUAGACAGGUUACUAAACAAUAACUUCAUUACUUAGAAAAGUGUUUAGUAUUUCUUAAAUUUCAUCAGCCGGUAUAGAUAUUACAUCUUGUCGAACUCUCAAGAGCAUUAUUAAUUAUUAGUACAAGUUUAAAGUUUACAUUUCAGAAAAUUAUUUGCUGAAUUAACUUGGAAUGGUGCUACAGUGAAUCUUCAUCAGUUUAGAAACUCAUGGAUUUUAUUUGAUGGGAAGUAAUGGGUUUUUUUAGGACAUGUAUGUUUAUCAUUGGUGUACAAAGACUGUUGAAGUCUAACUUAAUAUCUCUGUUAAUUUUGUGUGUGUGUGGUGCUUCAUGUCAUUCCUUAUUCUUCAGCUGUCUGUUUUGUCAAUAGGAAUAUUGUUUUUCUGGUUCAUUUAGUAGCUGGUUGAACUGCAUGUUAUGUCAUGGCAGAGUGAUUGGCCUUCAUCAGUUGGACUUGCUCUUUGUGUUCAUUUAAUUAAUGGUGCAAUAUCUGCCAGUUUUGCUUUGCACAAAUUUCCACAAAUGCGGAGAACGUGGUAGUCCACUUGUAGAGAAAUUUGAUUGCUGGUAAUUUGACUGUUGUGCUCAACUAACUCUGAGGUCAAAAUAACUUACCCACAAAAAUUGUCUCCUCAGAUAUAACUUCCACACCAAAGGUAAGACAGAACGAAGUCAUCAUUAACUUUAUUCUACAGAAAUUGCAAAAUUCAUAUAAUAUGCAAAAGGAUCUAGGCCUGGGCUCCUUCCUGCAGCAGUUAAACACUAAGAAACCAAGAGUAAAACAACCCAUUAGCAAGUAUCUCAAUAUACAUGGAGUUUAUCUAGUUCUCUGCACUUGUACAAAUACAUUAUUUCUGUCAUAACACAUGUCCUCAUAGCAAACUGGCUGGAUUAACUAUAAACCUGUUAAUAAAAAACUAAAGAAUAAGGAAGAGCAUGGAUACAAAGUUGGAAAUCAGAACUAAACAAAUAUCAAAGUAAAUUAUAAGCUAACUGCUAUAAACAACUUCAUGCAAAAUUGUACCUUAUUAAUUAAGCUGGCCUGGUGGAAACUAUUAUGGAGCAGUUUUAUUAGGUAAUUGGAACUGAAUGUUUUUUUAUGUCUGUGUGAGGGUGGGGAAUAGAAUAAAAUACAACUUAAGAUUAACAUAACACUAAAAUACUUUAUUUUAUGCAUAUAGACUGUGUAGCCAAACAAUAUUUGUCCUUUUAAUUAUAUUUGUCUUGCAGACACACUCAUUUUUUGAUAUAUAUUUUUAAAUCAUUUGUUUAGCUUUUGAAUUGUGACUUAAUGGAAUCAUUUUAAAACAUGAAUGUAUAAAAAAAACAAUUUUGUGAAGGCAGAAUCUGUUUUAUAUUGUGUAGCCUCUGUAUUUAGUAUUUUAAAUAAUUAUUUGGUUGGAUUAUAAAUUAUUAUUACACUUAAAUUUGCUCCUUUGUUGUUUAUGUAAGUAAAUACAAGUGCUAGCAACACUGGCUAGUAAUUUUUAAUGCCUAAUCAGCCAAAGGAAAUUUUAUACAAAAUUUUGCUAAAUAGAAUAGGGUCGCUUUAUUCCUUUUUUGUUGUUGUUGUUACUGAAUUGUCAUGCAUAAAGAAGUGAUGUAAAAUUUUCGUAUAAGAAUUUCAUUUUGUUAAAGAUUGGUGUUUAAAAAGGUCUUUGUGAUAGAAUAAA